AUGUUGCUUUUCUUGUCCCUCGUUUCACUCAUCUUCCACCAGGCUUUUGCCGCCUACAUUCCCACUGCCGAACUGAUCCAGAUUGAGAAUGUUGGCCUUGUGCCGAGGCAAGCAUCAUCCACCACUGGCAGUCCGUCAACUACAAGCCUAACACCAGAUGCCCAGUGCACCAACGGGCCAUUUACGCGCCAGUGCUGGGGCAACGGCUUCAGCAUCGCCACCAACUACGAUAGCACCUGGCCCAACACCGGCAAGGUGGUGGAGUACACUCUCGAAGUGCAAAACACCACCAUGGCUCCGGAUGGGUUCUCGAGAACCGUCUACGCCAUCAACGGCCAGUUCCCCGGACCCACGAUCGUGGCCAACUGGGGGGACACGCUCAAGAUCACGGUGAAGAACAGCCUUACGACCAACGGGACGAGCAUGCAUUGGCACGGCCUGCGGCAGUGGAAGACGAACCACAUGGACGGCACCAACGGGAUCACGGAAUGUCCGCUUGCCCCCGGUCAGUCGCGCACGUACACCUUUCUAUGCACGCAGUUUGGUACGACGUGGUACCACAGCCACUUCUCGGACCAAUACACGGAUGGCGUCGUGGGCACCAUGAUCAUCAACGGCCCCGCCACGUCCAACUACGAUAUCGAUCUGGGUGCCUACCCGAUCACGGACUGGUACUACCAGAGCGCAUUCGAGCUGGGGCCCCUGAUCCAGAAUGGCGGGUUCCCACGUGGUCCGCCGCCAGGCAACAACAUUCUCAUCAACGGCACCAACGUCAACGUCAACGGCACCUCGGGUCGAUACAGCCGGACGACGUUGACCAAGGGCAAGAAAUACCGUCUCCGUCUGAUCAACACCUCAACCAACGACAACUUCAAGGUCGGCCUGGACGGGCACAACUUCACCGUCAUCACGGCCGACUUUGUGCCCGUUGUGCCGUUUACGACGCCAUGGCUGUUCAUGGGCAUUGGCCAGCGCUACGACGUCGUCAUCGAAGCCAACCAAGCAAUCGACAACUACUGGUUCCACGUCGUGCCCCAGUCCGGCUGCAGCAGCAAUCAGAACACCAACGCGCUGGCCGUCUUCUCUUACGUCGGCGCCAAUUCGACCGGUUUGCCCUCCAACGCGACUCGGUCCAACGCACCCGCCGGGUCGGACUGCAGCGACCCAAACAGCCAACUGAUCCCGUACGUGAAGCUCAACGUGCCCAGCAACUACACGAUCCCGCAGUCGUCGCAGCUAGACGUCGGGUUCGCGAUCGUGCAGAACCAGGCCCAACAGACGCUCUUCCAAUGGAACCUGAACUUCACGGCCAUCCAGGUGCCCUGGGACGACCCGACGUUGGCAUAUGUACUCUCUGACAACACCAGCUACCCGGCGAGCAUGAACCUGAUCGCCCUCCCGGACGCCAACGCCUGGUCAUACUGGGUGAUUCAGGCGGUUCCCACCAUCGCCCCUCCCCUCCCUCACCCGAUCCACCUGCACGGCCACGACUUCUACGUCCUCGGCGCGGGGAGCGGCAUCUUCAACAACUCCCAGACCCUCAACUACCAGAACCCGCCCCGCCGCGACGUCGCCAUGCUGCCCGCAUCGGGGUACUUGGUCAUCGCCUUCAUCACCGACAACCCGGGCGCCUGGCUCAUGCAUUGCCACAUCGCCUGGCACGUCGGCUUGGGGCUCGGCGCCCAGUUUCUGGAAGAGCCCGCCCAGAUCAAGAACUUGGGUAUUGGCCAGGAUUGGUACAAUGAGUGCAGCCAGUGGAAUACGUACAGCCAGACCGCUAUCUUUCAGGAGGAGGAUUCAGGGCUGUAA